AUGUUGUCUGUGGUGUUGUCUCUUUGCCAAGAGGACGAGAGCGACGAUGCAACACAAAGCCAGCAGAUCCAAACGCGCACCCCCGCCUUUUGCCUUUGCCUUUUCGCCUUUUCGCCUUUACCUUCCGCCUCGCCUUUCGAGAUUCCUCUUGGCUACCAAGCUUUAUUUCUUUUCGUCUUUCCAGACAAUGGCCGUGAGGGGGGUGGGUUUCUAUUCGGCGUCUUUCUUUUUUUUUUUUCUUUUUUUCCCCACGCCAUUUGCUCCCUCGAUCGAAUGACUUGA